CUUAAAACUUCUUCUCUUGCUGUUAUUUAUCUUUGAGAACCCCAACCCAACAUGAGGUGCAUAUCUUGCAAUGGCAGAUACGACGCCGGCACCUGCAAGAAGUGCCACGAGGACCUCAAGAAGUGCCACGAGGACCUCAAGGCCAAGGUCGCUUUUCUCACGACGUCCCAACCGGAUUCCUUCUCCGACGUCAUUCUGUUUGCCGCCAACGGCGGGUCUGCCCAGGCCGCUGUACCCGUUCCUGCCCAUAAGGCCGUUUUGGUGAGCCGUUCUCCGGUGUUCAAUGCCAUACUUGAGAAUGAGAUGGAAGAAAGCCUGAGUGGCACCAUCAAGAUCCGCGAUGUGUCCUACGGCACACUUCGUGCCUUUGUCAACUACCUCUACACAACUGAGGUGGUAUGCCUUGACCAGCAAUUGGCCUGUGACCUCCUUGUAAUGGCUGAAAAAUACCAGGUGCACCAUCUCAAAGAUUUGUGCCAGAAGUUCUUGGUGGCCAACCUCAACUGGGAGAAUUCUUUUUCGACCUACACCUUCGUGCACCAGCAUAACGCCAAGAAGGUCAUCGACGCAGCCUUGACGUUGAUCAUAGACAACAUGGACAAGCUUACUGCCCGGGAGGAGUACGCUGAGCUGAAGGAGAAGGAUCCACAACUUGUAUUUGAAAUCUAUGAAGCUUAUCUCUCCAAACAGGUUAAUAAAGCAGCAGCACAGAAGGGUUAUACUGGUGAUUUGCCCCUUAAACGUGUACCUAACUUUUCAUUCAACCCAUAUCGAGAAAUGUACAUUGAAGAUGAUGAUGACCUCAAGAAGUGCAUAUCUUGCAAUGCCAGAUACGACGCCGGCACCUGCAAGAAGUGCAAUGAGGACAUCAAGAAGUGCCACAAGGACCUCAAGGCCAAGGUCGCUUUUCUCACGACGUCCCAGCCAGAUUCCUUCUCCGACGUCGUUCUGUUUGCCUCUGACGGCGGGCCUGCCCAGGCCGCUAUACCCGUUCCGGCCCAUAAGGCCGUUUUGGUGAGCCGUUCUCCGGUGUUCAAUGCCAUGCUUGAGAAUGAGAUGGAAGAAAGCCUGAGUGGCACCAUCAAGAUCUGCGAUGUGUCCUACGGCACCCUUCAUGCCUUUGUCAACUACCUCUACACAUCUGAGGUGGUAUGCAUUUACCAGCAAUUAGCCUGUGACCUCUUUGUAUUGGCUAAAAAAUACCAAGUGCAGCAUCUCAAGAACUGUUGCGAGAAGUUCUUGGUGUCCAACCUCAACUUGGACAAUUCGCUUUCGACCUACACCUUUGCGCACCAGCAUAACGCUAAGCCGAUCAUCGACGCAGCCUUGACUUUGAUCACAAACAACAUGGACAAGCUUACUGCCAGGGAGGAGUACGCUGAGCUGAAGGAGAAAUAUCCAAUACUUAUACUUGAAAUCUACGUAGCUUAUCUCUCCAAACUGCAUGGUGGCUCAGCUCCUAUAGAUGCAGACUUCGACCCCGAACCCGAUCCUGAAUCAGGAUCCUAUUUUGACGACCCCGACCCCAACUAUGAUGACAACGACCCCGACCCUGACUAUGAUGAUGACGACCCUGACUCCAAUGAUGACCUCUAA